CGAUCAACCGAACGUCUUUGGCGUGACCGGCUUCAUGUCACAAAGUGCACGCAGGAAUCUCAUCGGAGACCAAAGCUCCCUUGCUGCAGACAAGUAUACAGGACUGAAGCUGUAUGCUGAGACCUUUCCGUCCGAUAAGUCGGUCUACACCGGUGACAUCAUUGCCGUCGAGACAUCAUCAUAAACGUGUCAGGUGCCUUGGGGAACGCAUAUGUGACAGUGUGCAUCAUGGAUAACGAAGCAGAGGAAGUCGUGCAACUGCAUCCGAGCUUUUCACUGGGAUUCCAAAGGUCCAUGGGCAAAAAGAGGACACGGUCUCUGAACGCACCGAGCCCAGUCUACCAAUUCGGACCAUGCGGUCGCAUCCUGAAAAACUCUGCAAUGGUCAUGACUAUCCAAGACCCAGCGGGACAAAGACUAACAUGGCACAAGCCGCCCCUAACCGUGCUCGUCAUCAAAAAGACCAUGGAUGCCACCGUAGUACAACCGUUCACAGAUGUCAUCCACUGGUUAAUACGGGAAAAGAGUAUGGUCGUGUUCGUGGAAGAUGCAGUUCUAGAAGAUGUUCAUCUGAAGAAUAACGAUGGGUUCCUCCAACUCAAAGAUAAACUCUGCACAUUCACAGAAGGUAGAGAUGAGCUGACAGACCGCAUAGACUUCAUCAUUUGUCUUGGUGGAGACGGAACGUUGCUGUAUGCAUCCUCGCUCUUUCAACAAAGUGUGCCACCAGUAAUGGCGUUUCACAUGGGUUCUCUGGGAUUCUUGACACCUUUUGAAUUUGAAAAUUUCCAAGAAAAAAUCACAAAUGUCUUGGAAGGUCACGCAGCUCUCACGCUAAGAAGCAGGCUCAAAUGCACGAUCUAUCGCAAAGAAUGCGACACAAACGAUAACACGCUGUGCCACAAUUCAGGUUGCCUGGUGUUGAACGAAGUUGUCGUCGACAGAGGGCCUUCACCGUAUUUAUCUAACAUCGAUUUGUAUCUAGAUGGGAAACAUAUUACUACUGUUCAAGGUGACGGGCUUAUCGUGUCAACACCCACUGGCAGCACAGCCUACGCCGUCGCUGCAGGAGCGUCCAUGAUUCAUCCCAGCGUACCAGCCAUAAUGGUUACUCCAAUAUGUCCCCAUUCGCUCUCGUUCAGAUCCAUUGUUGUCCCAGCUGGUGUGGAACUGAAGAUCAUGGUUUCACCGGAGGCUCGGAGCUCAGUCUGGGCAUCUUUUGAUGGACGCAUGCGACAAGAACUUCACCAUGGGGAAUGUCUCAAGGUAACCACAUCUAUAUACCCGAUGCCCUCCAUCUGCGACCAAGACCAGAUCACCGAUUGGUUUGACAGCCUAGCCGAGUGCCUUCACUGGAACAUGCGAAAAAAGCAGCGCCAGAUAGGCGAGACGUCGGAAACUCAGCACGAGCCUCAUGUUACAAGGGCAGAGAACUCGCAGCCAUGAUGCUCACAGUUGGUGAUUGGAAUGUGUUGGUGCUAUGUUUCUUUUACCUGCCUGCAUUUUAGAAGGUUGUUUUACUGUAUAAAUUUUUACAAUUCUGUCGAGUAAUUUUAUUAAUAAAUAUUUCUCACACAC